AUGACUGAUAAUGUGAACUUCAUAAAUAAAUUCAAAAAGGCUCACCCUAUUCAAAUUGUGAAUACAGUUAUAAGUGAUAUUGACUACAUCAAUGGUUUGCUUUCAAUUUCAAAGGCAUCCACAAUCAUUGAAGGGAAAGAAGUAAAAGGUGCUAAAAAUAAACUAAUAGAGGAGGAGUUAGCAUAUGACACAAAUGAGUUGACUCAUACAAAUUUAUAUAUGGAACAAAAGAUGACUCAUGAGCAAAGGUUAGUAUUCGAUGAGAUACUCAAUGCUGUUAUUAUAGACUGUGAUGGUUUUACUUUGUUUAUGGGCAUUGUGGGUGUGUCUAGAGAAAAGAUUGUUUUAAAUGUCGCAUCCAGUGGAAUUGCAUCUUUACUCCUACCUGGUGGCAGAACAGCUCAUUUUGGAUUUUCAAUACCCAUUACAAUUACUGAUGAAUCUACUUGCAACAUCAAGCAUGGCAGUUUGAAGACUGAGCUACUCAUCCAAAGUAGCUUAAUAAUUUGGGAUGAAAUUCCAAUGCUCAAUAAAAUGUGCUUUGAAGCACUUGAUCGGACGCUCAGGGAUCUUAUGUCAGUUACCGAUCAACAUAAGACACAUCAACCAUUUGAUGGUAAGGUUGUUAUUCUAGGAGGUGAUUUUAGACAGAUACUUCCGGUGAUUCCGAAAGGGAGUAGAUACGAUAUAUUGUCAUCAGCUAUUAACUCAUCCCAUCUGUGGUCGUUUUGUAAGCUUCUGAAAUUGCAUACAAACAUGAGGCUUCUAAUGUCUUCUUCGGAUUAA